CUCCAUUGCAGGAAGAUGUCCUUCAACCGCCAGCUGCUCAGCUCCCACUGCUUCAACCCCUGUGAGGUGACCUGCCCUCAGCCAUACGCCAAUGCCUGGAACGAGCCCUGCGUCACAUCCUGUGGUGACUCCAGAGCCGUGGUCUACCCACCCCCAGUGGUCGUCACCUUCCCAGGACCCAUCCUCAGCUCCUGCCCCCAGGAGAGCUAUGUGGGCACCUCGGAGCCACUCCAGAUCGGCAGCUCCUUUGUCUCCAGGGGCUCUGUUGGGUCCGGGAGCUCCUUAGGAUGCCUGUCCCCUUACUAUUCCCAGCGGUACAAUAAGUACCGCUAUGGCAACUGCGGGUCCUGUUAAAUCCAGCAGGAAAACCCACGGCACAGGGAACAGCACGGGAGUGGAAACCAAGACCACCAUGAAUGCAUCAAGGAGCAUGACUUUCAGAAGAUCUAAGCAUCAGUGUUCCAGCUGAAACCAGGGAGAGCUGUAAGUGCUCAACACCUUUGAACAAAGAGACCCAGCAUAGUUUCCAUAUUUGCAUUAGAUGUAUGACACUGUGCAGUCAUUCUGCCCUAUGUGCAGUCUUUCCAGAAAGAAAUGUAGGUUUCUAGUUGUUGAAAACGACCACAUCAGAAAUGUAUUGGAAACAUUGCUUUGUCCCUCUCUGUAGACUGUUCUUCUCCAAUUUCAUAG